AUGUCAGAUGCCGAAGGCAACAGUGGUGGCAUGGUCCCGGCAGGCGGCGGCCAGAAGCGCGGCCCACCAUCGCCGGUUGCGCAAAGCUCUAAGCAGCCGAGAACGGUAUAUAAGGCAAUUGAUCAUAGAGAAUUCAACGACCUCUUAGGAUGGCUUGAGCAAACGGUCAUACAAGAGAAAGGAAAGAAGUUAGGAGUCCAAGUCUCAGAAAAAAUGUUGAGCAAACUUGCUAGGCUCAGAGUUGUCACGACCGGCCUCGCACACGAUAACAGCAAGUUACAAGGGGAACUCAAGGGUAAAGAGGAUACCCAGAGGAUGAGCCUCACAUGCUUUAUCGACAAGCUUGACGCAAAGAACGCUGAAGCUAACAGCCUGAAGGCGGAGUUGGAAACGCUUAGAAAGGCAGGACCGGCGCCUAGCAAAGAACCCGUCCCUAGACCAACAUAUGCCGAUAAAGUUGCGAGCGCACCGAAAGCCGCGGUCGCUACAGCACCUAAGACCAAAAAAGCAAACGAAAAAGAGCAGCUAAAACGGAGUAGAAAGGUCAAAGCAACGUCGCGCUUCAUGGUAGAAAUACCAAAUGACAUGACCGUGGCCAACGCGAAAGCAGGAUUAUGGGAGACAGUUAGAACAAAACUUAAGAACCCUAGAGCAAAGACCAUCGUAAGCGGAAAGUCACUAAUUAUCAUACCGGACGACGCUAACACGUUGGAGGUGACGAAGGACCUCGAACAGGCGAUAGAGAUUAGCCCGAGAAAGCCGCGGAUUAUUUUAUAUGACGUCGAAAGCGGGAUAACAGCGGAAGAGCUAGCUGAGUGCCUCCUGGGUCAAAACACUGAACUCGGACUGACCGCUGAAGAUGUGGGGUGUAUGACACCAUUGCACAAACUGGGGCCCCGAGACGGCCAUGUCGUCCAUUGGGUAAUCGAAGCACCAGCGAACGUAGUGUUAAAAUUGGAAAACAGGUCCAUAUAUAUUGGAAUGACCCGCUGUCGGUGCAAGGUGCACAGCUCUACCCCACAGUGCUACAAUUGUCAGCAAUAUGGUCAUACGUCGCUGAGGUGCGAACAGAAGGUUCCUACAUGCAGACACUGUGCAGGCGCCCAUGACUCCCGCGAGUGCAAAGACGAAGCGGUGAUGUGCGCGAAUUGUAAAGGGCCGCACAAAGCGUCCAGUGCAACAUGCAGGGCCAGGACUCAGGCAGAACGUAGCCUUUUAAGGCGAACGGACUUUGGCUCGCAAUGA